GCCUAGAAUCAGCUUCUCGUUAAAAAAUAGACCAUAUGACGGAUAAAACAUGUACAACGAUGUGUAAUUGGCCCUGGUGAUUUAUUACCAGCUCAUUUCUGGUGUUUCCUGAGCAUUUAAGUUGAAGUAAGACAGACGUGAUUGAUUGUGUGUUGCGUUUCUACGCUAGGAGCUUCCUGUGUAUGUUUGUGGCCGCUGGGAAAUCAGAAACACCCCUGAGCUUCUCACGCUAGACGUCCACAAAAUUGUCUCUUGGGAUCCACGGUACCGCCGGGGAAAUGUCUUCUGUCGGUCCCGACCCGAACACCAGCAUGCUGGAGCCCGAGACGGGAGUUUUGCAGCCGCAGACCGUCUUCGUCAUCCUGGACGCGGCGGAAAGUCUUAAUGUGCUGCAGGUGGAAUCCGGCAUCGUGGCCGACAUCGAGGUGGACGCUCUGUUGCCGUCAGACUGCGACGCCUUCUACCAGAUCAAGAGCCAGCCCAUCGGCACCAGCGCCUACCCCUCCUCUUCCUCCUACUCGUCCUCCGUGCCGGCGGCCAUGUCGUCCAGGGUUCUGCUGCGCCAGGAUCUGAUGCGGCAGCAGGCGCUGCAGGAGGAGCAGAAGGAGGCGCAGCAGCUCCUGCGUGUGCCCGCCUUCUCCUCGCCCGUUUGCGUCAGCGUCACCUCCAGCGGACCGCCCGCUCAGGUACCCGUAGAGGUGCUGAAGGUGCAGACCCACCUGGAGAACCCCACCAGGUACCACAUCCAGCAGGCUCAGAAGCAGCAGGUGCGGCAGUACCUCUCCUCCGCCAGCCGCAACCUUUCGACGCCAAGCCCCGACCCCGCCGGCCGCCAUGCGCUCAGCAGCCCCAAGGUGGAGAUGGAAGAGACGAUCAUAGAUGACGUCAUCAGCAUGGAGUCCAGCCUCAAUGACGAUUUCCUGAUGCUGCUCCACUCGCCGCAGCAUGUCGCUACCACGCUGCCCGCGGCGGGAACGGCGCCGGACGUCUACGGGGACAGCGGCGGGAUGGCCACGCCCACGCUCGCCGUGAGCAACAGCUGCCCGGCCGACCUGCUGGCCAUCAAGCAAGAGGUCAACGAGUUGGACACAAAGGUGCUGAUGAAGGAGCGACAGAAGAAGGACAGCCACAACCUGAUCGAGAGGCGGAGACGCUACAACAUCAACGACCGCAUCAAAGAGCUGGGAGCGCUCGUGCCCAAGUCACCCGACCCGGACAGCAGGUGGAACAAAGGGAGCAUCCUGAAGGCGUCGGUGGAUUACAUCCGCAAACUUCAGAAAGAGCAGCAGCGGGCGCGCGACGUGGAGAGUCGACACAAACGCCUGGAAAACGCCAACAGAACCUUGAUGCUCAGGAUACAGGAGUUGGAGCUUCAAGCCCGUCUCCAUGGUGUCCCCUCUUGUUCUUCCUCAUCCUCGUCUCUGGAUGGCGCCCUGGGUGACCCGCGGGCCUUCCUCUCUCUGGCCACCGGUGCCACCGUGCCGCCGUCCUUAGACUCGUUUAGCUUGGCCGGGCUCAGUGAGUCUCAUGGGCUUGCCGACGUCUUCUCUCCGGACCUGAUGAACCACGUCGGGAUGGUGGCGCUCGAUGACCUGGGAGACAUCCUGAUGGAGGACGGUGGGGGCAUGAUGUCGCCCGCGGGUGGCGCCGACCCCAUGCUGUCCUGUGGCGUGUCACGCUGCAGCAGCAGGAGGAGCAGCUUCAGCAUGGAUGACGACCUCUGACCUAUAUCU